AUGAAUACAUCAGAUAGUAGCUUUGAAAAUCAAGACGACUCUCCAUACCAAAUUAAGUUUGAUGGAGAGGACAAAUCAUUGGAAAGUCAAGCCGAUGUCUCAGCCAAAAUUACUGCAGACGAUCUGACAAUGAUCUUGGAAAAAAUCGAGAAAAUUGAGCAGAAACUAGAACGCAAAAUUGAUGAUAUAUCUCUCGAAGUAUGCAAAUUUCGGGAUGCCGACAGCUUUGCAUUAACAUUGUCACGAGAGCAUAUCUCUUUUAUUAAAGAUGAAAAUGUACAGCUAAAAGCGGAAAAUGUCUACUUAAAAAAAGAACUGGAAAAUGCUACUCUUGUAAUGUCGGAUCUCAACGAGCAUGUAAAGUUGAUGGGAGAAGAAAAACAGAGCUUAAUUACUGCAUUAAAAAUUCUGCAAAACAAUGAAAUUGAUGAUGGCAGGAACAAAAGAUGGCAUAUUGCAUCGGAUAGAAAACAACCGAAGGUCCCACAAUUCAAACCAAUCGAAGUAUCAACUGACAGUGAAGACAAUUAUCUUUCAACAAACAGAUAUUCGGAACUUACAGAUGAAGCCCUAUUAAACGAGCAACAACUCGAAGAGACAUCCCAAAAAAACGAGCAACAAAUUAAA